ACCUCUCCAUCACCUAUCGCGCCGCCAACCUCUUCUCGCCCCUCUACUCUCUCGCUCGCUCGCACCCCCCACGCCAACCCUAGCUCCCGUAGUCCUGCGUGCGCAAGGAUGGCGGCGGCGGCUGCAGGCGGUGCCCCGCGGGCGCUCUCUCAGCGGGAGCAGGACAUCCAGAUGAUGCUUGCAGCCGACGUGCAUCUCGGCACAAAGAACUGCGAUUUCCAGAUGGAGCGCUACGUCUUCAAGCGCCGAUCCGACGGUAUUUACAUUAUUAACCUUGGCAAGACCUGGGAGAAACUUCAGCUUGCUGCCAGAGUGAUUGUUGCGAUCGAGAACCCGCAGGACAUCAUCGUGCAGUCUGCUAGGCCUUAUGGUCAGAGGGCUGUCCUCAAGUUUGCACAGCACACGGGCGCCAAUGCCAUUGCUGGCAGACACACCCCUGGUACCUUCACUAACCAACUGCAAACCUCAUUCAGUGAGCCACGUCUCCUCAUCCUGACCGAUCCCAGAACUGAUCAUCAGCCCAUCAAGGAGUCUGCUCUUGGAAACAUACCUACCAUUGCCUUCUGUGACACUGAUUCGCCUAUGCGCUAUGUUGAUAUCGGCAUUCCAGCCAACAACAAGGGAAAGCAGAGCAUCGGUUGCCUAUACUGGCUGCUUGCUAGGAUGGUUCUUCAGAUGCGUGGCACAAUUCUCCCAGGACACAAGUGGGAUGUCAUGGUUGAUCUUUUCUUCUACAGGGAUCCAGAGGAAGCUAAGGAGCAGGAUGAAGAGGAGGCUCUAGUAGCUCCUGAAUAUGGUGCCCCGCCGGUUGACAAUUGGGGUGAUCUCCCUGCCCUCUCUGCAGCACCAACAGGUGCUGAAUGGGGCAGUGCUGUACCAGCUCCUGUGGCUGGAGAAGGUUGGGAGGCACCUUCCGUCCCUCUGCCUGCUGAUGCUUCUGUUCCUGCUCCUGGUCCUGCUCCUGCCACUGGUUGGGAAGAAGGCAGUGCUCCUGCUGCCACCGGCUGGCAGUAAAGAGGUUCAGCAUGGCUGUCACUCGUCAAAAACAGGAGGAAAAAGCUCGAGUUACUUAACAUUAUGUUCGUGUUGGUAGAUCUGUUUAUUAAGCUACCCAGUUGCUGUACCGUGUAAUGUUAAGGGCGAAUCAAUUUUGUGUGUUCAGUGUUCACUCAGCUGGGCACUGCCAGUUACGUACCAUGGAUAUCGUUUUUUAGCUGUACCAUGGAUAUCGUUGCUGCAAUGGCAAUGGUCUCCUCGUUGACUUUUGAUGUCUUAUGAUGUCAUUUUAUUUUUCUUCUCGUCGUAAA